ACACAGCAUGAAGGAGAUGCUUGGAGGGUGCUGCGUGUGUUCUGACGAGAGGGGUUGGACUGAAAAUCCACUGGUGUAUUGUGAUGGCCAAGGUUGUACCGUUGCUGUACACCAAGCUUGCUAUGGAAUCGUUACAGUACCUACAGGUCCUUGGUACUGCAGGAAAUGUGAGUCACAGGAACGUAGUGCACGUGUGCGCUGCGAAUUAUGCCCAAGUCGAGAUGGAGCUCUUAAAAGAACAGAUCAGGCUGGAUGGGCACAUGUGGUCUGUGCACUUUAUAUACCAGAAGUUAGAUUUGGUAACGUGACAACAAUGGAACCAAUUAUUUUACAAUUGAUACCAUCUGAAAGAUUCAGUAAGUCAUGUUACAUAUGUGAGGAACAAGGGAGAGGUAGUAGAGCAAAUGUGGGAGCCUGUAUGCAGUGCAAUAAGACUGGCUGCAGGCAGCAAUUUCAUGUUACUUGUGCUCAGGCUCUUGGCUUGCUCUGUGAGGAAGCUGGCAAUUAUCUAGAUAAUGUUAAAUAUUGUGGAUAUUGUCAGCAUCAUUACUCAAAAUUGAAAAAAGGUGGUAACGUUAAAACAAUACCACCUUACAAGCCAAUACCUGCUGAUAAUGGCUCAUCAGAUUCGUCUCCUGAAAAGGAAGCAGAAACCCCGAUAAAAUCUUCGUCAAGUGGUAAACGAAAGAGUUCAAGUUCCAAAUCCGCUACAAAUUCUAAAAACAAAUCGAAUACUAGUCCAAGUCUAGAAAUAAAUGGCAUUGCUGACGACAAAAACAGUAGCGGCCGUAAUACACCCAAAGACAACACCACAAAUUCCAGUAAAUUCACCACUUCCAACUUCGUAGAAACGAUCGUCACCCAAUCGGAGAGUGUGUUCGGACAUGACGGCACCACGUCUACCACUGCCGCAGUGGCCCCAACAACCAUUAAAUCCGGAUCAAACUCGAGCUCCGGUCACAAAAACAGUGGGCAAAUGAAAUCGAACUCCUCAUCGUCGAACAAAACUUCGAGCCACAGUAAAAAAAGAAAAACAGGGGCACGAACGCCAACUGUAAUAGGGAAUGAAAAUUCGAAUCAGUCAGUCAGCUCUGAAGCCAGCGGUUCUGUUGUGGUUGCUGUGAGUUCUGUUGUACAACAAGCUGUGUCAAGCAAUAACCUGCAGACAACCAUAACAGAAGCGACGAGCUUAAGUACGACUACCGAACCAGAAAAGUCAAAAAAGGUGAAAGUUGAGAGUCCUCUUCAGUCAUCGCCAAGUGCUCCAGUCACUACAGAAGCAACUACUACACCUGUGAUAAUGGCAGUAACGCAAUCUCAGUCAUUGGUUGUUACCCAGUCACCGACAACUACAUCAAAUAGUAUAGUCGUAUCUGUUCCAUUAACGGCAACUUCGUUGUCUAGUACCGUUCAGAGUGUGGUAACAAGUGCUCCAACACUGUACCAGCAGCUGCAACAAAGUAUCAUAACUACUGCCGCUAUGACAGAACCCAGAACGAGUGUUAUGUCGAAUUCUGAAAGGUUUGCCGCGGAAGAAGCUCCUGCCAAGAGAUCGCGUUCUCAAUCAUCAGAUAAGCAAGAGAAGCCUCGCAAACCAAAACGUGGAUCAUCAAAUAGUCAACCUGCACUGCCACAAGUACAGCCACAGUCACAACAUCAACAGCAACCUCAAUCAAUAGCAUCAUCCAUAGUAACAUCUGUAUCUAGCAGCGCAGUGGUAACAACAUCUAAGAGAGGAGGAAGAAGUAAUCAUCAAACUCCUCCACCUGCCAUAACUGUGGCACCUGUACCAUCCAUUAUUCAAGGGCCAACUUUGAGUGGUGGUCAUUUUAGCAACGUUAAUUCUGGUUCUGUGAACACUAUGGGUCCUACUGUCAAAGAAUCUCCUCCAAGCAGUCCUGGUUCUGAAAGUAUGAGUAGUAGUGGACCAGGAAGAAGGAAAAGGAAAAGUGCGAGUGCAGCUUCUACAACGCCAACACCUUCUGCCUCGAGUACUCCAACCCUUACAAACCCAAAAGAAGAAAAAGAUGUUAAAUUGUUCCAGAAUGGAGUUAGUGCACCACAUAUGUUAGGAAAUCAGUUAAACCCAACUUCCACAAUGGCACAAAAAAUGUCUGAUACUCUGUCUCAAGAGCUGGAAGCACAUUCUAUUUUUACAGAAGCUAGUAAUUCUACAACGAAUUUAGUUGGUCCACAACUACAUAGUCGAGUAAUUGCAUCUAUACGAUCCAAUCAAACCGGUGCACCACCGACAUCGUUUUCCUCGGUUUUUAAUACCACCAGCAAUACGAAUACCAACACUAGCGCUAGUACAACCAACACUGGUUCUUUAGGCGGUGGUGCAAUACCCCAAACAUUAGAUCAGCUUUUAGAGAGACAAUGGGAGCAAGGAAGUCAGUUUCUGAUGGAGCAAGCCCAGCACUUUGACAUUGCUUCCCUACUUUCUUGUCUUCACCAAUUAAGAGCAGAAAACCUUAGGUUAGAGGAGCAUGUAAAUAGUCUUCUGCAAAGGAGAGAUCAUCUGUUGGCUGUGAAUGCUAGACUUGCAAUUCCUUUAACGACUCAGCCUAGUGCUCACCCAGUGAACAACAUACAUCCAACAGUCAAUCCAUCUCAUCCUAAUGUUCCACACCCUGAAGUCCCACCAGGAGCAGCGGCCGCCGUUCCACGAGUGAGUAGGGAACCACGAGUGAACAACACAUAUAUGGCCCAUUCAAGUUCUAGUAACCAUUCUACGACCUUGGAAAAUGGCUUGCCUCCUGAUCCGUCUCCUCCAGCUGCAGCUUCACUUUCGCAGUACCAACAUCGAACAUCAUUGGUUGCACCGCAACCAAGUCCAACGAUUAGACACAGCCCAGCUGGAAGCGGGUACCACCAAGGACAACCUAGUAAUAUUGUAUCUCCGGCACCGACUAAUAAUUCUGGCGUAGUGAGAAACUCGUCCGUUACACCAGAUCCUCUGCGUGGGGUACCAAGGUCAGUGCCACAGUCGUCGAGCAAUUACAUGCCUUCGAUGUACCAACCUACAAUGUCCAGUCUGACAAGUAAUCAAGUAGGUAAUGUUCAUAAUCUUCAUUCACAUGGACCUUCUCCACCCAGCCAUGGACCACCUGGAAAACCUAGCUGAAGAUAGGUGGAAACCAAGGAAGAGUAUACUGCGCCUGACAACAGCAGACGUGGUGAGGUGUUAUCGCCGACCGAGACGUGUUACCACCCUUAAAAAUGAGCACAAGGAAGUCGUUUAUCCUUUGUGUUUCUUUGCUGAUUGGCUCGAUCUCUGACUGCGAUCUCUGCUCGAUAAAGUGUGAUCAAUUCGGUAAUUCAAUACUUAUAG